AAACCACUGUCACACGUGGGCAGACCGUAGCUAUGUGGCUCACUGCAGGGACUGCAAUAAAGCACUGCAGAGGAACCACUCAUACAAGCGUGUCAGUACACUGUCUGCUCUACCUUCUGGUUCUGCACCUUCGGUUGUGCUCCACUUGCCCAUCCAUUUGUGUUUGCAGUUCUACUGAGGCAGACUGUGGUGGCCAUAACCUAAAUUCACUGCCUGCCCUUUCCCUGCUACCUUCAACUAUUCAGACCCUCACCCUGCCCAACAACCACCUCAGCUCCUUGCCUGCUUUAGCUUUUGCCAACCUCAGUUCACUGGUUAAGCUUGACCUCUCCAACAACUACUUGGACAACCUGCCAGCCCAAGUGUUUGCUGAGCUGGCCAACCUGAGUGAUCUCAGCCUGAGGAACAACAGCCUUACAGUACUGGACCGUGACCUCCUGCAGGGUCUGGGGAGCCUUCAGCGGUUGGAUGUGUCACUGAAUGGCCUGGGUACUGUACCUCUUGGUCUGUUAGAACAUCAGCAUGGACUGAUCUGGCUUUCUCUGGCUGGGAACAGACUCCAGGCACUGAAUAGGGCUGCCUUUGAACCACUUGAGAACCUGCAGCACCUUGAGCUUGGCUCCAACCCAUGGGAAUGUGACUGCAAUUUGCGUGACUUCAAGAACUGGAUGGAGUGGCUCAUCUAUCGAGGCGGGUAUGUGGAUGCUGUAGAGUGUACUCUUCCUAAAGAUCUCAGGGGGCGUGACAUCCGGAGUGUUCCUGUGGAGAUGUUCAACUACUGCCUCCAGUUGGAUAAUGAGAAUGGGGGUGGGGCUGGAGGAACAAAAGGGGGCUCUAUGCCCUGUGCACGUGCAACUGCUGCUCCGUUGCCCGAGAGCGCUGUGGUACAGAGUGAGUCAGAGCCAUUGGAUUGCGCUAAGCAGCGUUACAAGCCUAUAAGCGUCCGCCGUGCCAUUGGCACUGUGGUGAUUGCUGGUGUUGUGUGUGGCAUCGUGUGCAUUAUGAUGGUUGCUGCAGCUGCCUAUGGAUGCAUCUAUGCUUCCCUUAUGGCUAAGUACCAACGUGAGCUGAAGAAAAGGCAACCACUGAUGGGAGAUGCUGAGGCUGAAGCUGAUCCUGAGGAGAAACAGAUUUCAUCAGUCGCAUAGAAAUGAUGUAGAUCCUAUAUACUCUUAUGUGAUGACAAUGGUCUUUCCCUUUGCAUUCCUGCUUCCACAUUUAGUUUUUAAAUGUGUAUGCACUGUUAUGUACUACUUGGGUGUUUUCACAUAUAGUUAUUUUUUAAUAAACCAUACUCGCCCUGUUAGUGGUCCUGAAAGGGAACUAGUUGCAAAUUACCUCAGUAUUUUUGGUGUGCACAAUACAAGUGGACUUAAAAAGUGGACUGUUUUUUUUUUUUUUUUGUUCAGAUUUGUUCAGAACAGACGUGUUGAGAUCACAACUUCUUUAGAACUCAGACCCCAUGGAUAAUGUCAUUGAAAAAGAGUAUUUUAUUUGAUACAAUCACGUA